UUGGGCUGGGCUCGACGCUGUGCUUAACACUCUUUUCCUUCCACGACGACGAUGACUGCAAUACCUCUUUUUCUCACCGGCAGAGGCAAUGCCUGAGAACCGUGUUCAGACGACUCGGUCCUCAAAUACGACGAUAAUGCUACGAAGCUCAGGAGUUCGCAUCGAGGAUUUAGCCCUAUUUUACUUGCAUUUCACCGGCGGGCGUUUAGUCUCGACGUUCAGAGCACCCACGAAAUGGAGGUCAGCCAGAGGCUUCAAGGCCCCCGAGAUUUGGAGAACUGUAUUUCAGCCGGACCUGCUGUCACGGACUAAUGUCCAGAGAGGACACCUUGGUAAAAAAGACGGGAUGCAAUAGCGUCGAGCACGGCAGCGGAAUUUGUGGGGGGAGGGGUGUUGGGGAGAGAUGGUAUCAAGGCAAUGGAGCAGAUGAUGGUAGGGCCGUG